AAAUUCUCCCAAUCUCAAUUUCUGACCGAUUCACAUCAGUCCAGUCAGCCAGACUUUUUAUCGCGUAAAGUAAUUACUACAAAUUUUUAGUAAUUUGUGCAAGAAAAUGUCACCACUUCGUCACCCCGCUGGAUUCCUCGUCCUCCUCCUGACCGUCGUGCAAGUGGGGAAAGUGUCCCCCCAGCUGUACACGUACCUUGAAGACGUCGCCGCCGUGUGGAACCUCCCCCUCGAAAACGUUAACCCGGAGCACAAGAAUUUCACCAAGGACGGCACAGAUCGCGAAACUGUCAUCGACGAAAUCCGAUAUGUGACUUGUCUUCCCAAAAUUCCAAAGCACUGGGGCGACAUAUCGGCAGAAGAGGUGAGUAUCGAGUCUUGGGACUACUUCCGGAAUCGGCACGACACCAAUUUCAAUCCGCACUAUUUCUGCGCAAACGUGCCCAAUCCGCGGAUUCCGCAUAGAGAUGAUGAUGAGUACGCCUGGCCGAACCCUGGGCCCACACGGGAAGCCGGGCAUCGUACCCCCCACGCCCUAUUUUGGCUGAAAGAACCGUGCGGAAUAUAA